GGCCGGGGCCGGGCCAUGGCGCUGCUGCGGCUGCUGCUGCUCCGGGGGCGCUGCGCCUGGCCGCGGCCCGCCCCGCCGCCAGCCCCGGCUUGGGCGCGGCCUCGCCCGCAGCCCCGGGGCCUGCAGAGCCUUCUGUCACAAACACUUUCCCCCACAUCUCAAGGUCUCAGUGGAGUCCUUCUGAAACAACAAAUAAUUCGAGAUCCAGUCAGGCUUUGGAAUCUCUUAGGUAGCACUUACUAUUUUAGUACUUCAAGCUCUCGAGGGAGUAACCAUAAGAAUGGAGGAUUCAGGAAGAAGUCUCCAAAGGAGGAUGAGGAGGAAGAGAAGCGCAGGAAAAGGGAAAAUCAGAUGCACCUUGAACGCUUGCGGGCACUCCUCAUCAUAACGUUAAUAGUGCUGAUGUUCCGAUUCACCGUCAGCGAGAACAGAGAAGGGACCAACAUUUCCUGGAAUUAUUUCAUCAAUGAGAUGCUGUCAAAGGGGGAGGUCCAGAGAAUCGAAGUGGUUCCAGAAAGUGAUAUUGUAGAAAUUUAUCUGCACCCAGGAGGAACCCCGCAUGGACAAGUCAACGUUACCCUGCUGUACACAAUGCGGGUGGCAAACAUUGACAAAUUUGAAGAGAAGCUGAGAGCUGCGGAGGAUGAGCUGAAUAUUGAUGAGAGAGAGAGAAUCCCUGUUUCCUACAAACACCCCGGCUUUUAUGGAAAUGAUGUCAUUUCCCUGAUAGUGACACUUAUGGCUGUGUCCAUGUUGUGGAGCAUCUUCCGUCUGAUCAGGGUCGCGGGCAGGGCAGGAGGAUUCAAUGCUUUUAACCAGCUGAAGAUGGCUCGUUUCACCAUUGUGGACGGAAAAUCCGGAAAAGGGAUUGGUUUCAAAGACGUAGCAGGAAUGCAUGAGGCGAAAAUGGAAGUCAAAGAAUUUGUGGACUACUUAAAGAAUCCCGAUCGCUACCUUCAGCUUGGAGCUAAAGUGCCCAAGGGUGCCUUGUUACUUGGACCGCCGGGCUGUGGGAAGACGUUGCUGGCAAAGGCGGUGGCUACAGAAGCACAAGUACCAUUCCUGGCCAUGGCAGGCUCUGAGUUCGUGGAGGUGAUAGGAGGUCUUGGAGCUGCCCGAGUUCGGAGCCUCUUCAGAGAAGCCCAGGCUCGUGCACCCUGCAUCGUGUACAUUGAUGAAAUCGAUGCCGUGGGCAAGAAGCGCUCAACCAAUAUAUCUGGUUUUGCCAAUGCUGAGGAGGAGCAGACCUUGAACCAGCUGCUGGUAGAAAUGGAUGGAAUGGGGACCGCAGACCACGUUAUAGUGCUGGCUUCCACCAACCGUGCCGAUGUCUUGGAUAAUGCCUUGAUGAGACCUGGGAGGCUUGACAGGCACAUCUUUAUUGAUCUUCCAACGCUCCAGGAGAGAAGAGAGAUCUUUGAGCAGCACCUGAAGGGUCUCAAACUGAUCCAAGACGCCAGCUUCUACUCGCAGCACCUUGCAGAACUGACUCCAGGCUUCAGCGGAGCUGACAUAGCAAAUAUAUGCAACGAAGCUGCUCUUCACGCCGCUAGAGAAGGUCACAAAUCCAUUGAUACUUCCAACUUCGAGUAUGCGGUGGAAAGAGUGAUUGCAGGCACCGCCAAAAGAAGUAAGAUCUUGUCUCCAGAAGAGAGGAAGGUUGUGGCGUUCCAUGAAUCAGGUCACGCGUUGGUUGGCUGGCUGCUGGAGCACACGGAGGCGGUGAUGAAGGUUUCCAUAGCCCCUCGAACAAACGCAGCGCUUGGAUUCGCUCAGAUCCUUCCACGAGAGCAGUAUCUCUUCACCAAGGAGCAGCUGCUGGAGAGGAUGUGUAUGGCUCUGGGCGGGAGAGUGUCCGAGGCCAUCACCUUUAACAAAGUCACUACAGGAGCCCAGGAUGACCUGAAGAAGGUGACCAAGAUAGCCUACUCCAUGGUGAAGCAGUACGGGAUGGUGCCCAGCAUCGGGCAGCUCUCCUUCCCGGAUGUGGAGAGUGCACCGGGAAUCGGUCGGCGCCCUUUCAGCCAGGGACUGCAGCAGCUGAUGGACCACGAAGCAAAAGUCCUGGUGGCUCAGGCUUACAGACGCACGGAAAAACUCCUGCUGGAGAACCGGGAUAAGCUGCAAACGCUGUCUAAUGCCCUCCUGGAGAAAGAAGUGAUAAAUUACGAUGACAUCGAAGCUUUGAUUGGGCCUCCACCCUACGGGCCAAAGAAAAUGAUAGCUCCUCAGAGCUGGCUUCAAGCAGAGAGAGACAAGCAGGACACGAGAGACGAAGAAAUGCCCCAGCAGCCCCCAAACCACGAGGAGGAGGAGGAACCACGCCUGAGACCAGCGUGAAGCCCCCUCUCUAUGUGGAAUGGAAGGACUCCAGAGGCUUCUUUUGAACACAGACCCUUUCUCCUUCCAGCUCUGGAAUCACAGAUACCGAGUAGGGAAUCUCUGUGGUGCUGCUGCCCAAAAACGGAGGGCUGGCUCCACUGGCUCUUGCAACAAGCUUUUCCCUGCAGGAAGGAGAGCUCCCUAGGAUUUCAAAAUUGAUUCUCAGCAGGGUAGUAGUGGUUAGGAGCUGGGUAAGUCUAAUCUGGAAGGAUUUCUUGUACGCGGGGAUGUUGUGUACGUGUUCUGAGGGAUGAAACCUGCUGCGGAGUCCUUGUCAGCUACCUCUGGCUGUGCUGUGUGGGGUGCCGGGGGUGCGUGGCCGUGCCCCUCGGUGCCGGAAUGGUCAGCAGCAAACCCCUGGGAGACUGAGCUGGCUGCAGCGCUGCAGCUGUGUGAUUCCAUCGUACCCUUUGAUUGUCUUUGCCGCUGGACAUAAAAUAGGAGCUGAAAACCAGACUGCACCAGAAUAAAUUCUCCAACAGGC